GCUGCUCGUAGCUUAGUAGAGCGUGUCUCCGGCUGCAAACUCCGCCAAACAAGCCCGCAUCCCCCUCUCGGGAAGGAUACCUCGAAGCGAUGAAAUUUCCAAUUGAGAAUCCAAGAAAACAGGUGAACUGGGAUCCUCAAGUGGCUGUUCCCUCACCAGUGCCGGCUUGUGAGCCUGAGCCCGAGCCCAAAACUAACGGACAUUACCCACCUCCACAAUUCUCCGUUUCCUCCCGAACCACUCUUGUUGCUGCCAUGGAAGCCCCCUCUCAAGGCCGGCAGAAAGUCAUGGAUUGGAGAGCAGUGAUGGCCAUCUUUAUUGUGGUGGUAGUUUACCUAGUGGCUGGAGGACUUGUCUUCCGUGCCCUGGAGCAGCCCUUUGAAAGCAGGCAGAAGAACACAAUCGCGACAGAGAAGGCUGACUUCCUUCGGGAGCACGUUUGUGUAACUGAGCUAGAGCUGGAGAAAUUGAUUCAGCAUGCUGUUGAUGCUGAUAACGCAGGAGUCAGUCCCAUCGGAAAUUCCUCUAACAGCAGCAGUCACUGGGACCUUGGAGGUGCCUUUUUCUUUGCUGGAACAGUCAUCACAACUAUAGGGUAUGGGAAGAUGGCCCCAAGCACUGUUGGUGGCAAGGUUUUCUGCAUCUUGUAUGCCCUAUUUGGGAUUCCACUGUUUGGCUUCUUGCUUGCUGGGAUUGGAGAUCAACUUGGAACCAUCUUUGGGAAGGGUAUUGCAAGGGUGGAAAAGGUUUUCAGAAAUAAACAAGUGAGUCAAACAAAGAUCCGAGUGAUCUCCACCAUCGUCUUCAUCCUGGCAGGCUGCAUCGUCUUUGUGACCAUUCCUGCAUUUAUCUUCAAAUACAUCGAGGGAUGGACAGCCUUGGAGUCCAUUUACUUUGUAGUUGUUACUCUAACCACUGUUGGCUUCGGUGACUUCGUAGCAGGAGGAAAUGCUGACAUCAAAUACAUGGAGUGGUAUAAACCCUUAGUGUGGUUCUGGAUUCUUGUUGGCCUUGCCUACUUUGCUGCCGUCCUGAGUAUGAUUGGAGACUGGUUAAGAGUCCUGUCCAAGAAGACACAAGAAGAGGUUGGAGAAAUAAAAGCCCAUGCAGCAGAAUGGAAAGCAAAUGUGACAGCUGAGUUCAGAGAGACACGGAGGCGUCUCAGCGUGGAGAUCCAUGACAAACUUCAACGGGCAGCCACCAUCCGGAGCAUGGAGCGCAGGCGCCUGGGCCUGGACCAGCGAGCCCACUCCUUAGACAUGCUCUCUCCUGAGAAGCGCUCCGUCUUUGCUACCUUGGAAACAGGACGCUUCAAGGCCUCCUCUCAGGAAAGCAUCAACAACAGGCCUAACAACCUGCGCCUUAAAGGGUCAGAUAAGCUCAACAAGCAUGGGCAGGGGGCAUCUGAGGACAACAUCAUUAACAAAUUCGGAUCAUCCGCUAAGAUGACCAAAAGAAAAAACAAAGACCUCAAAAAAACCAUGCCUGAGGAUAUGCAUAAAAUUUAUGAGACCUUCAGAAACUAUUCCUUGGAUGAAGAAAAAAAGGAAGAGGAGAAAGAGAAGAUGUGUAAUUCCAAGAACACUUCUAACACUGCAGUUCUGACCAGCUGCAUCCAGCAGCACUCAGACCUGGAAAAUGGAGUGAUUCCCAAUGAAGCCAAAGAAAGGGAGCAUAAAAACAAAGUGUUACUUUAAGACAGAAGUUAAAUGUAAAAGAUGCUUGACUUGAAUUAACAAUGUUGGUGUUUUUAUAUACAUAUAUAUUGAGACACGUGCCUUAUACAGACUCCUUAUUCAGUCUGAAUUAUAUAGCAUCGAAGAAUAUUUCACUGUGCCAUAAAGACUCAAGCUUGCUCUGCCAAAACAAAUCAGGAACACAGCACUGCAGAAUGGCAACAGAAAGCUACGCACAUGGAAAUUUCAGCCUGUACAUGAUUACCAGGGCGAGACAUAGAGGAAGGGAUUGAACCAUGGCAGUACCACCAGAAGGCUCCUACCAUGGUGUGAUAUUAGACAAAGGGCAGCUAUGCAAGAAGAGCCUAUGAAAGGGAUUGAAAACAGUUUAUCUUCAUAAUGGAGUAUGCAUCCAUAAAGCCUUCCCCUGGUGAUUAAAAAGAGGAGAAAUGAUUGGAGUGAACUAGAAACUUUCAGUAAAGCUUAGUUUACGUUUUGGCACGUGAUCCAAGCUAGAUUUUUUUUUUUUUUUCCUAUAUUUGAGUCAGAUGCAUUAUCUUUCUAAAUGCCAAAAGAAUGUCCAUGGACACAGCCAGCAGCUGGGUGCUGGUUGGAAAAUCAACACAGACAUAAGUAAGGGUUGGAUUGAUCUUUUCAUU